UGGGUGCUCCAUCACUGGAGGCUUUUGGGAAGGGACUGGACAACCUUGUGUCUAAACUGAUAGGCUUGAGCAGGGGGCUGGACUAGAAGACCUCCAAGGUCCCUUCCAACUUGUUAAUCAGGGGCAGAAUUGCAUAAUUGGGGCGCUUCUUGCAGCGGUGCAUCCAGGCUCUGCAAUCCGCACCGAAGGCUGAAGCGCCAUCCAGGCCUCCUGAAAACUGACCGGGGCCAGAGGGCGAGAUCCGCCGAGUCCGCCCUGCGCCUCCUAAGGCUCCGCGCGGCUCUCAGCCCGGCCAACCGCGCAGGGUCGCUGUGGAGAGGCCGGCGGGCGGGGCGGAGGCGGCUUCAUCCGGCCGGCCACCUGCGCUCAGAGCCGCUCACUCGCUCGGACGACGCCGGCAACGGCAGCGGCAGCGGCGGUUGCUCUUCGCUGGCUCGCCGGAAAGGGCCCCGCGGCUGGCGACUCAUGCCGGGACCGGGGGCGACGGCGGGAGCGGAACGACGCAGCCUCGGGACUCCAAGGCUCAGGAAGGUCCUGUGUGGGUGCAGCCACUGGAUCCCCUCACUAUGCACAACUCCAUGAAGCAUGACCAACCUCACAAAUGCCGCCGGGGCUGAACAGCCGAGUGAAACGGAUCUCUGCUUUGCUUGCAGGAGGCUUAUGACUCUGAACUCGAUGAAGCUGGAAGUCCACUUUCAGCAGAAACAGAAUGAAGGCUUGGAUGAUGAAAACUUCUGUGCUCUUGGACGAUGGACCUCCCGAAGAAACUGCAGAAGGUCCCACACUGACUCAAAGGAACAUCUUGGAGCAGGUUUGCCCAGAGACUCCACAAUGAGGAAGUUUUCCAGCCAGGAAAGUGUCCUCACAGACCUCAGUGCUGACCUGGAGGCCAUUUCACUCCACAGCACGAGCAGCACUGGUGGGACCUUGGCUCUUCUGCCUGUGGCCCCCCCUUCAUCAUCCGCUCAGAACCCCCCAACUUUCACCAACUCUCCUGACAGCUUGAGUAACCAUUCUCCAGCAGCCCAGUCUCCAAAUGAAAGCAGCAAGGAAAAACCCAAGAAACGUCAGACGCGGAGUUUCCUCAAAAGAAUCGAAUCUCUGAGAAAGAAAGACAAGGAGAAAUUGGACUCCGCUAAACCUCCAGAUGGGGAUAGAACUCGCCUCAUGCCUGGUUGGAACUCCUCAAAGGACGCCGGGGAACCUGCCUCUGGGACGCAGGUUGUAGUAGGAAAUGAAAAGCCACCUUCUUUCUACAGCACUAAGACAAUUUCAACAGGUGGUCGGACUAACCAGGCUGUGGCCUCAAUUAAAAGCAAAUGGCAACAUGAGCCCAAAUAUGGUAGUAUUUAUUUAGAGGAUUAUGAAGCAAGUCCGAACAAGAAAUGGGAUGCCAGAAUGUGGGAUCACCAAAUUGCAUUUAAAAAAGAUUAUUUAUUCCACAUCCCAGGGGAUUACAAGCCAGGCACCUUCCCCAAAUCUCUCUCCAUCGAAAGCUUGUGUCCUUUGGAGAGUGGCUGUUUGGCAGACUGGAAAUCGACCCCCAAAGCCUCCAGCCCUUUGGCAGGUGGCCCUGGCAUCAGCGGUGGUGUCCAUGUGGGUAACUCUUCUCAUGCCCUGGAACGCCGACCAAGGAGGCCUUCAAGCACUUCCACAGAUAGCCGCACCAGCCUCUACGAUAAUGUUCCUGACUUUGGCAGUGGAAACGAUUUCUUUGAUCUGGACCAGGAAAUGAUCUGUGAAAACCUAGAUGACAUCCUGCAGCACGUUUGGGGUCUCCAGCAAAAAAUAGAGCUCUGGUCAAAGGCAGUCAAGUUGGACCUGGAGGAUGAAACUAUUGGCGUGGAGGAAAGGGAGGAAACAGAUUCUGGAGAGGAGCCCACCAACCUGAACUUGGAGAACCACUCCAUGUCUGACAUUGGUACCUCCACCAGCGACUUUGAGAGCACCGCCAACUCUCUGAACGAGACUGAGGAGCCCGAAAUGAGGGAGCGCAGAGACUCUGGCGUGGGGGCAUCACUUACAAGACCUUGCAGGAAACUCCGCUGGCACAGUUUCCAGAACUCCCACCGACCCAGCUUAAAUUCGGCCUCCUUAGAGAUCAACCGCCAGUCAGCAGCUCAGCUCAGCCUCCUCCAGAAGUGCUCCCUUCUCCGCCUCACAGCCAUCAUGGAGAAGUUCUCCGUUCCCCACAAGCGGUCCUGGGCCUGGACUGUUCCCAAGUUCAUGAAGAGGAGCAAGCUCCCAAACUACAGAGGCAAGAUGGUCUUUGGAGUCCCCUUGAUUGUCAGUGUCCAAAGGACGGGCCAGCCCCUGCCCCAGAGCAUCCAACAGGCCAUGCGCUACAUCCGAAGCCGGUGCCUGGACCAGGUCGGCAUUUUUCGCAAAUCGGGUGUAAAGUCCCGGAUCCAGAACCUCAGGCAGAUGAGUGAAGCCUCUCCUGAUUAUGUGAAUUAUGAAGGGCAAUCGGCCUAUGAUGUGGCUGACCUGUUGAAGCAGUACUUCCGUGAUCUGCCAGAGCCGGUCUUCACCGGCAAGCUGACAGAUACAUUUCUGCAGAUAUACCAGUUUGUACCCAGAGAGCAGAGGCUGCAAGCUGUCCAGGCCGCCAUCAUGUUAAUGCCGGAUGAGAACCGAGAGGUUUUGCAGACGCUGCUCUAUUUUCUCAGCGAUGUGGCCUCUUCCGAGGAGAACCAGAUGACGGUGGGAAAUCUGGCCGUGUGCUUAGCCCCCUCCAUUUUUCACCUCAACGUCUCCAAGAAAGAGAGCACUUCUCCAAGGUCGAUUCACAGGAGGGGCACCGUGGGGAAACCAGACCAGAAAGACCUGAAUGAAAACAUGGCGGCCACCCAAGGCCUCUCCCACAUGAUUGCCAACUGCAAGAAGCUCUUCCAGAUCCCCCAAGAUAUGAUACUGCAGCUCAGCAGCUCCUACCUGUUAGCCGACGCUCAGCCACUUUCCUUACCUGAGCUGAUGGAGCAAAACCUGCAGGGAGAGAUCCAGGAUUCCCACCCAGUCUUGGAGGCCAGCAUUCGAGGUCUGCUGAAGGAGUCAUCCGAAUGCUUCAAAGGCUGGAUCGGCACGCUUGGCCCCCAAAACACGGAGCUCUCAUGCAAGAAGGUGGAGGAUGGGCAUCCCCUGCGGCUCUGGAAGGUCUCCACCGAAGUGGCCGCACCACCUCACGUGGUGCUCAAGCGGAUUCUCAGGGAGCGGCACUUUUGGGAUGAGGACCUGCUGCAGGGCCACGUGGUGGAGGCCCUGGACAAGAGCACCGAAGUCUACCAUUAUGUGACCGAUAGCAUGGCUCCGCACCCACGGCGGGACUUUGUGGUUCUCAGGUCGUGGCGGACAGACCUACCCCGUGGGAGUUGCCUCCUGGUCUCCUUCUCUUUGGAGCAUCAGAAGCUGCCCCUGGAAGCCGGCGUCAGGGCCACCGUGCUCACCUCCCAGUACCUGAUGGAGCCUUGUGGAAUGGGACAUUCCAGGGUGACACACAUCUGUCAAACUGAUCUCCGAGGGAGGUCUCCAGACUGGUACAACAAGGUCUUUGGUCAUCUCUGUGCUAUGGAGCUGGCCAGGAUUCGUGAUUCUUUCCCAGUGUUCAGUCAGUGUGGACCAGAAACCAAGAUCUGAAGGAUUCUGCUAUAUGAGUAGACUUCAAGUUGGAGCAGAAUAUUGGAACUGAUCCUUUGUUUCAUGGAGUGUACCCUCCACCCUUUAAUUUCCCGUUGCUUCUUUGUUUCAAGGAACAUGAGAUCCAAGUCUUCCUAACAAGCAUGUUCCUGUGUUAUGUAUGAUUCAGCAACACGAUCCAGAGGUUAAGCUUUGUGCUAGGGGUUGCUUCUCCAAAAAUUAUCUCCAGGGUUAGAAGAAUUCUUUCAACACCGUUUACUAAAAGACACAAUUGUGAAGAAGUUCCUGAGCCCCUGCCUGCUUUGGGGCUCUCAGUUUGCCUCUGGUUAUUGUGAGGACAAGAUAUUCGAUAAUCUGGUCUGAUCCUACAAAACGUCUCAUGAUCUUCUGGGAAGUCUAUCAAUCAACUAUCAAGUCAGGGAAAGCCAGCUUUGAAAACCCUUUUUCAAAGGGGGUCAAACUCAAGGCCUGCAGGCUGGAUCCGGCCCAUGGGGUGCUUAAACCUUGCCAGCGGGGCCGUCCUGGAAAUAGCGAAGGACCGGCCCGCAGUGCCUCUGCCAGCGAAAGCGAAGCUCCACUUUCACUGGCAGAAGACUGCAGGAGGAUCCCCCCCAGCCCACCACAGGUGCCCCCGACAUAGUAAUGCAGGGUUGGGCUCUACUUAACUUUACUACCGGUUCGCAACUGGACCAGUGUGCACAUGCACAGAAGCUUCCUGAUGAUGUCCAGGUUGCUGGGCAGAGCCUCCCGCCAGUUUUACUCCUGGUUCUUGUGAACCAGUCUGAACUGGGGGCAGCCCACCACUGGAAUGAUGCUGAGCUGGCCGCGCCCCCCCCCCCGGCCCCCGAGGUCACAACCCUGAUGUGGCCCUGAAUGAAAUAGAGUUUGACCGCCCCCCCCCCGGCUUUAAAGUCUUCGUCUGCUUUGUCCUCAGAUGUAGCAGAUCUGGUCUUUAUUGAACCAGGUUUUGGGGUCAGGAACUACCAUCCCAAAUCCAAGCCACUUUCCUGCAGCGUUUGAAAAAUAUCCUCAUCUGGUUUGAGAGGGUUGGGAAUUGGGGAAUCAGCAUUAGGCCCCAUCUCAGCACAAAAUACAGGUUAGUCCUCAACUUACAACUGUUCAUUUAGUGACUGUUUGAAGUUAAAACGACCAUUUUUCACACUUUUGACCUUUGCACCAUCCCCAUGGUCGUGUGAUUUACAUUCGGAGGCUUGGCAACUGACUCACAAUUAUGACGGUUGCAUUGUCGCAGGGUCAUGGGAUCCCCUUUUUGCGACCUUCUGACAAGCAAAGUCGAUGGGGAAAACCGUAUUCAAUUAACAGCCGUGUGACUAACUUAACAACUGCAGUGAUUCACUUAACAAAGAAAGGUCAUAAGGUGGGGCAAAACUCAGUUAACAAACGUCUCACUUAGCAACAUAAAUCUUGGGCUCAAUUAUGGUCGUAAGUUGAGGACUACCUGUACCUCCUUGGGGCUUUUUAAUUGCAAUCACUGUUUCUUUAGCAGGUAUGUGUACCUGUGCGGUGCAGUACCUGGGAAGAGCCAGGCGAGUAGCAGAGGGUAGAGGUGGAAUGAAGUCAAAGUUGGCGAGCUGUUCUUCUGUUGAAGCAGAAGGUGGUCUUGGAGAAAGGAAAGGACAGCUCUCUGUAUCAGAGGCACUUCAGCAGGUGAGAAGUUUUUAAUUCUGCACGUGCUGCAGAAACGGGGAUAGAUGGAGCGCGUGUGCGAAAAAGAGCCUGAGAUCGCAUCUUGGUCAUGGCACCCAUGAGCCUCUUUUCAUCCUGACUUCCGUCUCUUUAGCCAAAAGGGAUUGAGAUUAUUCCAGACCUUUGUCCUCUUUCCCUUAAGUGGAGGGAACAUUCUUUUUUCCAGGGGUCUCAUCUGUCAGCUAAUGAGAAUUCCCCAGUAAUUAUAAGAAUCGAGACAAUGGAGGAAAAGUUUGGAAUUCCCAGACCUCCUGCUUCUUUUUUCUUCAGCAUAAUUUAAGGUACCUGGAUCAAGGCUUGCAGGUUGUUAAACUGCGUGAAAUCUUUGGGUCUUAAAACCAUCCCAGCAGGAAUUGAGGGAAAUCUCUACUCUUUUGUAGCUCACAUUUUGUUUGAUGCCAACUGUUUUGGGGAGAUGGCAGUCAGCCUUUAAUGCGACGGUUGGCAAAGAGAAAGAUUAGGCAAGAUUAGCCUGUCUGUCUACGAUCCUGUUCAUCUCGAGUGUUUCAGGACCUCCGUCCUUAUGGUGGGAAGUAGGACAAAGGGAAAGGGAAAGGGACCGGAACCGCUGGAUUCUCUGGGCUGCUGAGCCAGGAGGGAGAUGGAGAGCUUCCCUCAGGCUGGCCGCUCCGCUUCCCAGACUCAGCAUGGCUGCCACGUUAAACUCGCCUUGCGCAGGAGCACAAGUACAAGCCUGAAUUUGGAGAAUUUGACCACAAAGGAAGUGAAAGCCAAGUUGAGCCAAGAAUGAAAGCAAUUACUUUGGAAAUGGCCGCCAAAGAAGGAAGUGCCUGAGAAAUACCGUAGCCAGGGAGCAUCCUGCAGUGUAUGGAAAAGGUGUGUUGUGUGCUCUGUGUUUUGGGGAUCCUCCUGAGCAAGGGUGCCAUAUCAUUUGUCCCCUCUUUCUCCACUUAGCCAAUCUCCUGAUCUGCCAGGACCUCCCUUUCUGUACUUUUUCUUAGACACUGCCAAGGCCCAUGGUGGGGGAGGGGAACAACACACAAAGGGAGGAAACACUACCUUUAACAGUGAUCUGCAAAUAAUUCAGCAGAAAACGCUGACCACACCAGUCAAUCCAUCUGUAGAUCCCCUCUGGUCAGCUGAGUGAAAUGGCAGCUUGGACAGCUCCAAAUUCUCAGAAGCAAACCAGUCAAAGAAAAGGCUGAGAACAAGCUGCCCUUCUUCAUCCGUCCACUCCACAUCCAAGGUCAUCCUCAGAAUUGGAUGAAGCUCAGGAGGAUGAAUCCCCAAAUGCUCAGAAGCUGCUACUAGGUGGUCUAGAAGGGGAAGGGAGAGCCUUCAACCUCAAAAGCUACACGAGAAGAUAGAAGCUGGCUAAGAUCUCCCAAACUCAGCACGCCAUACCAGAAAGGCCACAGAGAGCCAGAGAGCCUCCUCUUGCAUCUCCUAUUUCCAGGCUGUCCUCAGAGUUAUGUAGAGCAGAGAUCUCCAAGCUUGGCAACUUUAAGAUUUGCGGACUUCAACUCCCAGAGUGUCUCCAAUUCUAGAAUUGAAGUCCACAAAUCUUAAAGUUGCCGAGGUUGGAGACCCCUGAUGUAGAGGACUGACUUGAGAUCCAGAAUUCUCCAUCGCCAUUUUGAUCCUCUAAUUGUUCCAAUUGUACAGUUUGACCUUGGUUAAUACUGGCCUGUAAGAAUGUCGGUUUGUUCUUUAACCAGGGAGCCAGUCGACCAGACGGCCUUCCAACUGGAAGCAAGAAAACCUAAUCCAUUAGAAAUGUAGCUGGGUGUUUUAGAGCUGAUUCAGUGAUUCUUGCCAGCUUCCUUAUGGUAAGAACUUGAGUGGUUUAUAGGGUUAAUUAUUUACGGGACUAUUAUUUUUUAAUCAUCAUAAAUGAUAUUUUUCCUAACUAACUGUAAAUAUUGUAUAGUUGAAAUAUUAAUUUAAUAUAUAAAGAGUGUGAGAGCCUGUGAAAUGGAUGUACUCUCAGUAAAAGCUGUUUUAUAUUUAAUGAAUGUUUUGUACAAUUCUACAGACGGUUGACUGGAAAAGAGGUUCUUCCUCUAUUUGUUUGACAAAUAAAGACUAACAAUUCCCAACAAUUGGUUCAGAGACCAUCUACCAAA